CAGAUGAGUUCCUAUGGGUCAUUGGCUUUGAUUGGAAGGAUUCUGUUAUAUCUUUCGUAACUGAUUUUGGGAAGGCAAACGAGAUAAAUGCUGAACAUAUAUUCAUAUAUGUACAGUAUAUUCAUUUAUGACAAUCACUUUUUUUUAAAUGUCUCGUUCAGCAAAGCCUUCUUUUCAUUCCUGCAGUGCUUUUAGGCUGCUAGAUUUGGUCACAUUUACUCUUUCCUGCAUCAGAAUGCAAUACCAAUACCUCCCCUGUAAGAGCUACUAAUCUACGGAUAUAUCGGUUGCUGUCAACAUCUGAUAAGGAGAACCAUGAGAAUCGUUUAGAACUGACAGAGCUUUGAAGAGAGACCAAAAUGGAGCAGGAUUACUCUGAGUUAUCUAAUACCACAGAUCUCUGGUUCUCUUCCUUAUCACAGCUGGAUAUUUUUGGAAGGGUAACACCAACCAAUGCAUCAGUUAAUAACAGUACAACAUACUAUGACAUGACAAGCAAUGCAAUUCUCACUUUCAUUUACUUUGUUGUUUGCAUAGUAGGACUCUGUGGCAAUACUCUAGUCAUCUAUGUCAUUCUACGUUAUGCCAAAAUGAAGACCAUUACCAAUAUCUACAUACUAAAUUUAGCAAUUGCUGAUGAGCUGUUCAUGCUUGGUUUACCCUUUUUGGCCAUGCAAGUGGCCUUGGUACACUGGCCUUUUGGUAAAGCCAUUUGUCGUAUUGUGAUGACAGUAGAUGGAAUAAACCAAUUUACCAGUAUAUUCUGUUUGACAGUCAUGAGCAUAGACAGAUACCUUGCUGUGGUUCACCCCAUUAAGUCUGCCAAAUGGAGAAGACCCAGGACAGCCAAAAUGGUAAAUGCUGCAGUGUGGACAAUCUCCCUUUUGGUUAUCAUGCCAAUUAUGACUUAUGCGGGUGUGCAAAGUUAUCAUGGCAGAGGAAGUUGUACAAUCAUAUGGCCUGGAAAUUCUAGUGCCUGGUAUACUGGGUUUAUAAUAUAUGCCUUUAUAUUAGGUUUUCUUGUACCACUUAGCAUCAUCUGCCUAUGCUAUCUCUUCAUCAUAAUCAAAGUUAAAUCAUCAGGGAUAAGGGUUGGUUCUUCUAAAAGGAAAAGAUCAGAAAAAAAGGUUACUAGGAUGGUGUCUAUAGUUGUGGCAGUGUUUAUCUUCUGCUGGCUUCCAUUCUACAUCUUUAAUGUAUCUUCAGUGUCCCUUUUGAUUGUGCCAACUCCAGGGCUAAAGGCCAUGUGGGACUUUGUUGUGGUUCUGAGCUAUGCCAACAGUUGUGCCAAUCCAAUUCUAUAUGCUUUCCUUUCUGACAACUUUAAGAAGAGCUUUAAGAAUGUGCUGUGCUUGUCAAAAGUCAGUGGUAUGGAUGAAGUGGACAGGAGUGACAGCAAACAUGAUAAAUCCAGGUUAAAUGAGACCACAGAAACUCAGCGCACUUUGCUCAAUGGAGACCUCCAAACUAGUAUAUGAAUACCAACACGUGGAGAUAAAAAUACAGAAUCUGACAUCAAGACAAGCAUCACAGGAGUUUUACAAAACAGCUAUAUCUGAUUUUUGACUGUUUAAAAGCUUUCUGAAAGGUAAUUUCAACAAGCCUGUCUGCUCAUGUGUGGUCAUAGUUCUAAAUAACUGCAAGAUACUCAGCCAGUCCCUUGAAGCAUCGGCUUUCAAUACUUCCAAUGUACAACAAUUGUAUAACCAAAAAAGAGGGAUCAUGUUAUAGCCAUCAUGUCAGGGACACUAAGAUGUUAAUAAGAGCGUUGUAUUGGCCAUUCAACCUCAAGCAGAGUAUACAGAGAUACAUUGGAAUUUCCGGUAAAAUACACUGAUUAAUAUCUUCUCAAGGAUUGCCUUAAUAACCUUGCCUUUUAGCUUCAUUUUCUCUGAUCGUUUUAAUUGCUACACCAAUGUGUGUGGCCAGUACCCACAUUGCAGCUGAAAGUGCUGUUAUAAUGGUUUCACUCUCCUGUGCCACCACACUCAUUCUAAAGAUUAAACAGUGAAAAUGUACUUUUGGGUGAGCACAAUCCCUACUAGGAAGUCAUAAUAAGAAUUCCCGGAGAGCAUGAUGGCCUUUGCCAAAUAUUAUUAACAAAGAUAAAAAUGUAUUAUUGUUAUUAUUAAAGCCCUGCAACCAAAAUGGCUUAAGACAGGGAAGUCCUUGCUCCCUUGCUGCUAUGAAGUCUGGCUCCCAGCAUUCUCAGAAGAGAUGCAGUGAGAAAACAUGUGUACUUAAAAAUAAGUCAAGUGUGUUUUAAAGAAUACCAGAUAUUGGAUCUAAGAAGCGGGCAAAUCUGUUGUAAAUUGUAAGACAACGCUUUGCAAUGAUUUCUUACGGAUUGUUUGGAGGAGCAUUAACAGACAUUUUUAUUUUAACUCCAACAAUGCGCUAUGAUAUAAUAAUUACAGAUAUCUGAAGGAGCACAAGUGUUAUAAUAAUACAUUGAAACCAAGGAUGCAAGAUGAAGCCUUAAUGCCGCAAUUGAAAACACUCUGCUUCUGGCUUCUCGGGUUAUGGAAGGUUAAGAGACGGUGCAUAGUAAAGCUGUCGAUCAAGAACAAUUUGAGAGGCAUUGGCAAAAAAGUGCAAUCGUUACAAACUAGUAGUGAACCAAACUUUCUGCACUUUGCACAAUACCAGCUGACUUCACUUUAACAUAUGGCAGGUCAAAGCGGUAAACUUGUAUACAGCAAGUGUUUCUGUGGUUAUUUUUGUUUUUCUCCCAAUUCGUUUUUUUUUUCUUUUUGCAGUUUAUUGAGUAAUGGAAUUGUCUCCUUCUAUUUUCGAGGUAUAAAAACUAAGUUGUUAUUGUCUUCACAUAUGAAACAUUUCACUUACUGAACACGUGUCUUGUGAAAAUGCAAACGCUUUUUUUGUUAUAUUUUGUUAUAUUCUGUUUUCCAAACAGUGCUUAAAUUAUAACAUGCUUGUGGCACCUUUAACGAGGGAAUGAGUGUUUUGUGAGUAAAUAGAGCAGAUGCAUCUGGAAAAAAAUCAAAGAUCUAUUGGUGCAGAUAGUGAUAUGGGGCUCCUCCUAAUGUCUUUGUUUAUAGUAGUCAACAUUUCUAUAUGAUAAAAAUAUUCUAUUUUGAAAUGUAUUCAUUAGCUGGAAUGUGGACCCAUAGGCUAAUGUCGCCCAUGACUUUGUGUCACCGUGACUUCUUCUCAUACAAUAUUGCAGCACCAGUGACAGAAUCCUAAACACCAAUAUGGGGGAAUGUAAUAAAACUCUCAAAGAGCAAAACAGUUUGCACAAAUAAGAAUAAAAAUCUGCAUUUCACAAUGUA